AUGUUGUACGAGCUGAUUGCUAUUGUCCGCCCGGGCAGCCUCAACGAGGUUCGAGAAAUUGCCCGCAAUGCCGGCGCCCAAGUCAUUCGAUCCGGCGGCGUCGUCCGGGGCUUCACCAACUGGGGUGUAUUCCACCUCCCCAAGGUCACCACCAAGCACCAGGCCCGAUACAGCGAAGGCCAUCAUUUUAUCAUGCGUUUCGACUCCUCCGGCCCUGUCCAGGCCUCCGUUCGCCGUACUCUCGGCCUCGACCCUCGAAUGAUUAACUUUUCCGUCGUGAAGCUGGGCAGCAAAUUGGAGGAGAUCAAGGGUGUCGAGGGCCAUAUCCAGUGGAAGAAGACCCGCAACAUCAGCGAUGGCAUCUAA